UACUACUCAAAGGAGGAGAAGACAAAUGUAGAUGGUGAAGAAAAGGACAGGGGAUGGAAGACUGGAGAAGCUGAGUUUAUUAAUCACCAUUCAGCUAGGUGACCAGAAAACAACAGAGUCGUUUUCUCUGGUUUAUCAGCUCAGAUUUAGAUAGGAAGAGGAAGAAGAAGCACCCAUUAAGAGAUAGAGUAAAAAGAAUUCGACUUUCUGGGGAGGGAGAGGGCAACAAGGAGCAAAUGGCAGCUCGCAGGAUUUCUUCCUUGCUUUCUCGCUCACUCUCUGCUUACUCUGCAUCACCCUCCUCUGCUUCCCCGCUUCUCUUCCAUGGAAGAGUUAUCCAUGGCAGGGGAGAGGGAAGAACCAUCCGUGGGUUCGGCACGAAUGCUGCUGUUGAGGAAUUGGUCACUCCCCCAGUUAAAAUCAGCUACACCCAGCAUCUAAUCAACGGGCAGUUCGUUGAUUCGGCUUCCGGUAAUUGCAGAACAUUUCCUGCAUAUGAUCCUCGUACCGAGAAAGUGAUUGCCCACGUUGCUGAAGCUGAUGCUGAAGACGUAGAUCGGGCUGUAAAAGCUGCCAGGAAAGCAUUUGAUGAAGGGCCAUGGCCCAAGAUGACCGCUUAUGAGAGGUCGUUGAUACUUCUGAGGUUUGCUGAUUUGGUGGACAAGCAUAGAGAUGAGCUUGCAGCUCUAGAGACAUGGAACAAUGGGAAGCCUUAUGAACAAGCUGCCAAAGCGGAAUUGCCAUCGCUUGCUCGUCUAUUCCGUUACUAUGCUGGUUGGGCAGACAAGAUUCAUGGGAUGACAAUGCCAGCAGACGGCCACCAUCACGUUCAGACAUUGCACGAACCGAUCGGUGUUGCUGGACAGAUCAUUCCAUGGAACUUCCCACUCAUCAUGUUUGCUUGGAAAGUUGGGCCUGCUUUGGCCUGUGGCAACACUAUUGUUCUCAAAACUGCUGAACAGACACCUCUGACAGCUCUGUAUGCUGGCAAGUUGUUCCAGGAGGCUGGUCUUCCGCCGGGGGUGCUAAACAUAGUUUCUGGAUAUGGUCCAACAGCUGGUGCUGCCCUUGCUAGCCACAUGGAUGUUGAUAAGGUAAAUUAAAUUUGAUGUGAUGCUUUGUAAUGGUGCAGUGAAUCCAAGUCAUGUAUCUAGUUUGUGAUGGUCCAUUUUGUUCGGGGAGGGUUUCGCAGCUUGCUUUCACAGGAUCAACCGAGACCGGCAAAGUUGUGCUCCAAUUGGCAGCCAACAGCAACCUUAAGCCAGUGACACUAGAGCUUGGAGGGAAAUCACCCUUCAUAGUGUGUGAGGAUGCUAAUGUCGACAAGGCCGUGGAGCUUGCACAUUUUGCCUUGUUCUUCAAUCAGGGCCAGUGCUGCUGUGCUGGGUCCCGCACCUAUGUCCAUGAACGAGUGUACGACGAGUUUGUUGAGAAAGCAAAGGCUCGAGCCCUGAGACGUGUAGUUGGCGAUCCAUUCAGGAAGGGUGUUGAACAAGGCCCUCAGAUCGAUUCAGAGCAAUUUAAGAAGGUGCUGAGGUACAUUAAGUCAGGCGUUGAGAGCGACGCUAAACUGGAAUGUGGAGGGGAUCGAUUCGGCUCCAGAGGCUAUUUCGUCCAACCCACUGUUUUCUCCAAUGUUCAGGAUGAUAUGUUGAUAGCACAAGACGAGAUCUUCGGCCCGGUUCAAUCCAUCCUCAAGUUCAAGGACUUGAAGGAGGUGAUUCAGAGGUCCAACACUACUCGAUACGGGCUGGCUGCAGGAGUAUUCACUCAGAACAUCGACACAGCGAACACCCUGUCGAGGGGGCUGAGAGCAGGGACGGUGUGGGUGAACUGCUUCGACGUGUUCGACGCUGCUAUCCCUUUCGGAGGGUACAAGAUGAGUGGGAUUGGGAGGGAGAAGGGCAUCUACAGUCUCCACAACUACUUGCAAGUCAAGGCAGUCGUUACCCCUCUCAAAAAUCCUGCUUGGCUGUAGAUCCCCGCAAAAAAAAAAAAAAAAAAAAAGAGUGAAUUGAACACAGCAUAUCUGGAAGCAAGUUGCUAGGUGACUGGGAACAUCAAAGAUUGAUGUUCGGCUGUCCACCAAUGAAGAUAGUAAGUGUGUGCUACUGCUGCAACCAGGAUGAAUAUGUAAAUCAUGUUGUGUGGUUUUGUGAAAUGCCUGAGACAGUUGCUAACCAAACAGGAGGGUUUUGUCCAAGUGGGCAAGUGGUUUCGACCCUGAUUGUUUGAAAAUGGAAAGCAAAGCACUAAAUAUAAACUAACAAAUCGAAUAAGACAUACCAGCAAAACCCACUUAAACACAUGGCAAGGCAACAGAUUAGUCUCUGUAAGGUUAUUAAAUAACUUUAUGAUUGUGUUGAUUCCUAGUUUAUGUAUUGUCCACUGC